AUGCGGUUCCCGUUAUCGUCUGGUGGGUUCGGAAGUGGUGGCGGCGGUGGCGCUGUGAACACGCGCCUGGUUGGCCUCGGGGUUACGGCGCUGGUGGGUGCAGCGGCCUUCUACAAGUACGCGCUCUAUAAUGUCGAAGGAGGACACCGGGCUGUCAUUUUUAAUCGCCUCGUGGGGGUGAAACCCACAGUGGUGCCCGAGGGCACCCACAUUCGGAUUCCCUGGAUCGAUGUGCCGAUCAUCUAUGAUGUUAGGGCGAAACCACGCUCUAUUUCAACGUUAACUGGUUCCCGGGACUUGCAGAUGGUUCAGAUCACGAUACGCGUGCUCUCUAGACCCGACCCGCGACAACUACCAGUCAUCUACCAGACGCUCGGUCUGGACUAUGACGAGCGUGUGCUGCCUUCAAUCGUGAAUGAGGUGACAAAAGCAGUUGUUGCACAGUUUAAUGCGUCGCAGCUGAUCACGCAGAGAGAACAGGUGUCGCGUUUGAUUCAGCGGAACCUGAUCGAGCGUGCCAAGGACUUUAACAUCCUGCUCGACGAUAUAUCCAUCACACAUCUAGCGUUUGGCAAGGAAUACACGGCAGCUGUUGAGGCAAAGCAGGUUGCGCAGCAAGAAGCGGAACGCGGUCGCUUUCUCGUUGAAAAAGCCAUGCAGGAUAAGAAGGCCACAAUCAUCCGGGCGCAGGGCGAAGCGCGCAGUGCCAAGCUCAUCGGCGAUGCCAUGAAAAGCAAUCCGGGCUUUAUUGAGCUCCGCCGGAUAGAGGCCGCCAGAGACAUCGCGCAGAAAAUAGCGAAGAGCUCCAACAAGGUAUUCCUGGAUGCGGGUAUCUUGCAACUGCAGCUCGACUCUAGUGAGAGAGACGAGGACUUGGUCCGCGCGCUGAACGCUAACCCUGGUAGUAAAAAGUGA